AUGAUUGCUUCUGUUAGUUCUGACCAUGAGAUUCACAAUUGGUGGUCAGAAAUCCCAAUAAAUGCAAUGAAACAUGGUGUUGGAUUGUUUCAGCUAUCCACGCUGCUGUUAAUUUCUGACAGUGUGUACACUGAUUAUCCAGCAAAUCGCUCUACGUCAUGUAGAAAGUUUAUUCCAGUUGAAAGGUCACACCUGUUUGCUGAAUUUCGUAGGAAUCCCAACAAGUUUUAUCUCAAUAUCUUACCUACAAGGUCUGAGAUGACUCUUCGCGUAGACUUGGUUGAGGUUCUGUCGAGGUAUGUGUCCAGUGAAUCAAAAUUAGAUCAAGAGCUAUCACCAAAGUGGAUAGAUGAUCAAAGGAUUCACAAGAGCUUCGAGAAGUUUGCCUCAGCUGAACUUCAAGAAGUGGAGGAAAAGAGAUCAGAAAGAGAAACAGAGUUCCAAAGCUUUAGAAUAGACAAAGGACCUGCCAACAUUGAAUAUGAACUUUCAUAUCCUGGUACAUCAAAUAUCGGAUCACUAGGAGCAUCGAUGUGGGUUUGGACAAGUUUCUCCAAGGGAUUUGAUGAUGUUUCUGGGGCUAUGCUCCGUGGUCAUCCGCCCUCCAAUAUGCCUCUCAAACCCUCAAUCCAAACCUGCAGCUUCUCAACCUCACAACAGUUCACAGAAUGA